AUGUCAGCAGCUGCAGCAAAAACAACAACAACACCAACAAAGUCUGAAACAACUUCUGAUUUCAAGACAACUGUACUCUUCUCUAUUAGCGACAAGAUCGGUUGUUUGACUGAGUACUUGGAGGUCAUCAAGGAACACAGAAUCAACAUCACUCGUAUCGAAUCGAGACCAUCAAAGACCGAGAAGUUCGACUAUGACUUCUUCUUGGAUCUCUCCACUGAGGAUCACUCAUCGGAGCCAAUCGAUUGUGUCAUCGACUGUCUCAACAAAAAGGGUGUAGACGCCACCAUUCUCACCGAGACCAAGAAACCAAAACAAACUUCAACUCCAUGGUUCCCAAGAAAACUUUCGGAUUUAGAUUUGUUCUGUAACAAGGUUUUGGAGAUGGGAUCUGAUUUGUCAUCGGACCAUCCGGGUGCUACCGAUAAGGUGUACAUCGAGAGACGUAAGGAGAUCGCACAGAUCGCUGCUACCUACAAGCACGGUGAGAAGAUCCCGACCAUCGAGUACUCCGAGGAUGAGAAGAAGACAUGGGGUGUCGUCUACAAACAGCUGAAGGAACUCUCACAUACCAACGCUUGCAGACAGUACCGUUACAUCUUCCCGUUGCUCGAACAGAACUGUGGAUACUCUGAAAACAACGUACCACAGCUACAGGACAUCUCAGAGUUCCUUACAGAGUGCACGGGAUUCCGUUUGCGUCCAGUACAGGGUUUGUUGUCGUCUCGAGAUUUCUUGAACGGAUUGGCAUUCCGUGUGUUCCAUGCCACCCAAUACCUCAGACAUCACUCUGUGCCACUCUACACACCAGAACCAGACAUCUGUCAUGAGCUACUCGGUCACGUUCCCCUGUUUGCCGACCCAGAUUUUGCAGAUUUUUCACAAGAGAUUGGUAUGGCAUCGUUAGGUGCAUCAGAUGAAGAUAUUGAAAGACUUUCCACUUGUUAUUGGUUUACUGUAGAAUUUGGUAUUUGUAAGGAAGGAGAUGGAAUCAAGGCAUAUGGAGCAGGUUUACUUUCGUCGUUUGGUGAGUUGGAGUAUUGUUUGUCAGAUAAGCCCGAGAGAAAGCCAUUCGAUCCGUUUGUGACGUGCAAUCAGAAGUAUCCUAUCACUCAAUACCAACCAGUUUACUUUGUGGCCGAGAGUUUCCAAUCGGCCAAAGACAAGAUGAAGCAAUUCGCAGAGACGCUAGACAAGCCGUUUAGUCUUCGUUACAACCCUUACACCCAAACCAUCGAAAUCCUCGACACCAAAGACAAGCUGGUCAGUCUAUGCAAUCAAAUCAAAGGUCAGACAACCUCAUUGGCAUCAGCCAUAGCCAAGCUCCAAUGUUAG